AUGGCAUCUUUUCGAAGAAUAAUACUUCAAAAUCGUCAACGUUCAUCAACAAAAAAAAAUAUCGUCGGUGUUUCACCUGAACCAUAUCUCGAUCUUAUUUCUACUCCAUUUGAUAAACGUCAAUGGAAUUAUCUUUCACUUGGUCCAUCUUAUAUAAGAUUGAAUCAAAGUGCUAUUCGACCAAAACAUCAACAAGAAACUGAAAUUGAAAAACACCAUAAAGAUAUUUAUUCAAAAGUUGAAACACAUCUUACUGGAUAUCCUCAUCAUAUACCAAGAAAUAAUCCAAUUUUCAAAAAAUAUUCGGAUCAUCUUCUUGAUUAUUUUAAUCAUACUUAUUUUACUCCAUUAUCAUGUAAAGAUCAAUUAAUAAGUCGUGAACAAGCACAAAUUCUUGGAUCAAUUCGACGAAUAAUUCAAAAUAUGAAUCUUGUCAUUCGUGUUACGGACAAAGGAAUUAAUUUUUAUAUUGGUUCAGCUAUUGAAUUUGAAAAAAAAGCUCAAAAGUUUUUCUCCGAUACAAAUGCUUUUAUAGAAUUAUCUUCCAAUCCAUUCAAUGAAAUAUUAGAUAAAGUCACACAAUUGCUCAAUGCACUUCGUGGAAAAGAUCUUAUUCGCAAAUGGCAAUAUGAACAAAUGAUGCCAGAUCGAACGAAAUGUGAAUUAGCUCAUUUAUAUUUUAAUCCUAAAACACAUAAGGAUGGUAUACCAGUUCGACCUAUUGAAAGUACAAUUCAUGCUUCAACUACAAAAAUUUCAAAAUUCUUAGACAAAAUUUUACGACCAAUAUUUGAUGAUAAAUGCAAAGAUACAACUAUUAUAGAUGGCACUUCUUUAAUUACUGAACUUUCAAAAUAUAAUAAAAAAAGAAAAGUGAAAGGAAUUAGCAUUGAUACAAUAAAAAAAUUAGCUUCCAUUGUAAUUAAAGAUAAUGUUUUUGCUUAUGGCAGCAAAAUUUAUAAACAAACAACUGGUGGUGCCAUGGGCUCAUCAUUUACAUUAACAUUAGCAAAUAUUUUUAUGUCAGAAUGGCAAAAAAAACUUGUUGAAGAACAAACAAAGACAAGCGAAUUAUAUGGCCGAUACAUCGAUGAUGUUUUUAUGACUUGGAAUAAAUCCGAAGAAGAAUUAAGAAUAUUAUUAGAUGACGCAAAUACAUGGAAUCCAAAUAUUAAAUUAGAUUAUAAAAUAAAUAAAAGUCUUCCAUUUCUUGAUCUUUUACUUACAAACAAUAAUGGAACAUUGGCAACAUCUGCUUAUCAUAAGCCUGCAGCUGAACCAUAUAUAACACCAUUUACAUCUGAUCAUCCACGACACGUUUUUGCAAAUAUUAUUAAAACUUCUCUUGAACGUGCUACCAGAUAUUCAUCCACAUUUGAAGAAUUUAAUAAUGAACGACGUGAUGUAAAAUUGAUGUUACUCUAUAAUGGAUAUCCUUCAACAUUUAUUGAAAAUGAAUUCACGAAAUAUUUCUACGAAUAUAAAUCAACAUCACCAUUUUUACAAUACAUUGAUCAGGAAAAAAAUUAUAUUCAAAUGCGACAAAAAUUAUUAGGUCAACCAACAUUUCGUCAGUCACAAGUCGCAUUAAGUGCCGCACAAGCAAACAAAGAUAAUGAUUUAGGAGAAAAUCCAAUAAAUCAGCCAGAAAAAUAUCAAGACAAAACAGAAAAAAAAAUUUCAAAUUUUGGAGAAAAAAUAUUCAUACAUUAUACACACGAAAGAAGAUUCCAUUCAUGUCAACGUGAUAUGCAUAAAAUAUACGAAGACGUCUUUCAACAAACACCAGCAAUGGAUACACACUUAAUUGUUAGCAACCGAAAUCGUCGCGAUAUACAACAUGAAUUAAUAAGAAAACGACCAGACAAAAAGCUAUUACAAAAUAAGACAACAAAAAAAGAAAAACAACCCGAGAAAACACCCAACGAAAAAAUUACAACAACAACAUAA